UUGCGUUGCAUUGCGUGCGGUCCGAGGCUCCGCCGCCAGCUUGGAAUCCCGUCUAGCGACCAGUACCUAUUCUAACCAGUGCGUCUUCGUUGCCAAAUCGAAGCCCAGCGACAUGGAUGCGAAGCAGGAAGCGGAGACGAACGACCAGUUCAUAGUGAAGUAUCGCCAGCAGUAUUACGAUCUGUCCAGGUUCAUGCACAAGCAUCCCGGUGGCAUAAACACCCUGAAGGGUCUCAGUGACGGCGACAUGACUGCCCGCUUCCUGAAGGCUCCUCCACACUCCGAUGCGGCCAUGUACCUGAUGAGGGAGUACAAGAUCGACCCGGAUGACACUCGGACAAGCAAGUUGGGACACAAAGGUGAGCUUCAGAGUGGAAACGGGGAGCUACGGCACCGGGCGAGGGACACCGAGGACAAGAACAACAACCAGGUGGACGAGAGCAUGGAGCACUUAGUGGACUGGUCGAAGGCAAUGCUACCGCAGAUCGCCAACAUAACCGAGUGCUACGAUGAGUGGGUGCACAAGCCGGUGGACAGGCCCCUGCGGCUCUUUGGUCCUUGGUACUUGGAGAUGUGCACAAAGACCCCUUGGUGGUUGGUGCCCCUGUUCUGGAUACCUGUGAUCAUCCGAUGUGCUUCGGAGGACUUGGCCAGCAGCUGGCAGGAUAGUAACCAGCUUGCCUCGUUCGUUGGUUACUUUUUGUUUGGAGUGCUCCUGUGGUCCUUCCUGGAGUACACACUCCACCGCUGGGUGUUCCACGUGAAGCUGAACAGCAACAGCGGCAGAUGGAUAUGCACCUUCCACUUCAUGAUCCACGGACUUCACCACAAGGUGCCUUUUGAUCCGAUGCGACUGGUGUUCCCGCCUCUUCCGGGGGCCCUGCUCGCCACGAUCAUAUACACGCCGCUCAGCUACGUCCUCUUGAGUCCGCGAGUGGUCCUUUCCGGAGCUCUGACCGGAUAUUUGUGCUACGACAUGAUCCACUACUACCUGCACUACGGUAAUCCCACCACACGGGCCUUUGUGCACCUGAAGCGGUAUCACCAGCACCACCACUUCUCGCACCAAACCCUCGGGUACGGAAUCAGCAGUCCCUUGUGGGAUGUCGUCUUCAAGACGAGAAUACAUCUUCGCAAGCUGAGAUACCAACUGCGCUGGUCCUAGCCGCAACCAAUAGCUCUCGCACAGUGCUACUAUAGAACAAAUUGAACUCAGUUUUCAGGUCGGAGCAAGGAAUUCAAUUAAAUUGAAAUUCGAUUUUCCGGGUCUUUGUGCAGGCUGAAUACUGAGUUUUAGGAUUAAGAAUAAGUUGUAAGUCUUUUAAUGAUUUUUAUUUAACGGGAAUAAACUUCCAAUAAUACCAAAGAACAAAUUGACUAUACCUUCUG